AUGUCUGAUCAAGACACUCACCAAAAUAAAUACAGUGAAUUGCGAAGUAUGUGUAAAUACUACAUCGAUUCAUAUAAUGCAUUGUAUCAGCUGAAAACUGAAAAUGAAGAAGAAAUAAACAAGAUUUACAAAAUGAUCAAAACAGAAUUGAUUGAAUCCAAGAACUAUCCUCCUCAAAAUAUUAUCAAAGAUAUUUUGCAAAUUAUACCGUAUAAUAAUCGCUACACAAAGUCAUAUUUAUCUCUUGCCAAAAUUAUAUAUGAUAAUUAUCAAAUAAACGAGGAAACCAAAGUUUCAUUAACUGUUAGAUACCUAUUUUAUAAAGAAUAUGGAAUUAAAUUAGACAAAUCUGAUAAAUUCGAAACAAUUAACUCAGAAAAUCUCAAUUUUCAUACAGAAGAUACAAUUUACAGAGCAAUUAUGUAUAAUGACUUAGAAAGAUUCAUUACAUUCACAGAAAUAGAUGGAUUUGAUAAAGAUCAAAUACUCGGUAGCACUUUAUAUCCUCAUUCUUAUUAUGGAUAUUCAUUACUUGAAUUAUGUUGUUACCAUCGGGCAGUUGACUGUUUUAAGUUCUUAAGAACAAAAUUUAACUCAGAAAUAACUCAAACAUGUCUAAAAUUUUCAUUUUUAAGAGGAAAUCCAGAGAUAAUGAGUGAAUGUUUGAAAAAUCAAAGACCCGAUAAAGAAUGUAUGGAGUAUGCAAUUAUUUCACACAACAUUGAUUUUGUUACAUUCUUGAUGAAUGAAUACAAUAUUAAUAUCAAUUUAGAAGGUUGUGCAAAAUUUAAUAAUCUUGAAUCCUUAUUAGUUUAUUUUGAUCAAACUAAUGAUGUUAACAAAUGCUUUCUUUAUUCAGCAAUACUCAACAUUCCAUCCUUACUCGAAUACUUCCUUUCACAUAUUGCAAAUAUCAAUGAAAGAGAAAAUGGAAAAGCUGCUCUUCUCUAUGCAGCAGAAUUAAAUAGCAAAGAAAUAGCCGAACUUCUUCUUUCACAUGGUGCAGAUAUCAAUCAAAAGGAUAUGGAUAGACAAACUUCUCUUCAUUAUGCAGCAAGUUAUAAUUAUAAAGGAACAGCAGAACUUCUUAUUUCGCAUGGCGCGAAUAUCAAUGAAAAAGAUCAAUAUGGGCAAACCGCUCUUCAUGUUGCAGCAAGUUAUAAUUAUAAAGAAACAGCAGAACUUCUUAUUUCGCAUGGCGCGAAUAUCAAUGAAAAAGAUAACGAUGGACAAACUGUUCUUCAUUAUGCAGCACGUUUUAAUAGUAAAGAAACAGCAGAAUUACUUAUUUCGCAUGGUGCAAAUAUAAAUGAAAAAGAUAAAAAAGGAGAAACCGCUCUUCGCCAUGCAGCAAGUAAAAAUAAUAAAGAGUUUAUCAAAUUUCUUCUUUCACAUGGAGCAUAG